AUGACCGAAGAUACCAAUCCCGCGAACAGCACCACCACCCGAGCCGCUGCCUCCCCCUCUCCUCCCCCUCCUGCCCCUGUCGCAUUAACCCCCGGCCCACGCGUUGCCAAAUUGCAAGAGAUCUUCGACAAAGCACUUGCGCGUACCUUGCGCGCAAACUCAUAUGCGAACUUCUCGAGCUGUUUCCCCACCCCCGCCAAGCAUGUCCCCGCCAGCUUGGAGUCGGUUUGGCGGCAGUUGAAUGCGAAGUUGGAGGAGAGUGCGAAAGCGGAGUUUGAGGACAUCUUGACGGAGCGGGAUGCUGUCCGGCAGUUGAACGAGCUGGAUCGGUUGGUCGGGGAGGCGAAGUAUAGGAAGGAUCAUGGGGUUGGACAGGAAACCGUUGCUCCGCAUACCUUGCCUCCUGAUGAACUAUUUCGAUCCCAUCUCCUGCCAUAUAUGCGUGAAACGCAGUCAUCUCUGAACCACAAGAUCGAAUCGGUUCAAGAUGAGAAUUCAGAGCUGGCGCAACGGGUCCAAGCGCAAAGGAGGGAGAUUCAGGACCUGCUCGUAGGCUUGGAGUCUGUUGUUGCGGACUUGGAGGUCGCUGCUGCCGCUGCGACGCAGUUCGGCAGCGAUAACAAUCUACGACAAGAGGCUGCAGAGAUGGAUGAGGAAAUCAGAGCUCGGUCUGAGCUAUGA